UUUCUGUAAACUGAUUUAGUUUUACCAAUAGAAUACAGAGAGAGAAGGUAAGGAGAACCUGAAGAGAAAUCAAUUGACUCUGACCCGUGAUUUGCUUUAAUUUCUUUGUUGCUGGUUUGUAUUCUCUUUUCUCCCGUCUUAACUUCCUUCUCAUGUUUAUCCAUCCAACCGAGGAAGUUUGCUCAAACUCAAUUACUCCUUAUAAAUCAUCCUCACCCAUUUUACCACCUCAUUUCUUCCGUCUCUCGUCUAGUCGUCCUGCGUCCUCUCCUCUGCUCUUCAAUGGCGGUACCUCAGGAACAGACUAUACUCGUAACCGGUGGGGCUGGCUUCAUAGGCACCCACACCGUCGUCCAGCUUCUUAAUAAGGGUUUUAGGGUAUCCAUCAUUGACAAUCUUGAUAACUCGGUCGAAGAAGCUGUCAACAGGGUUAGAUGUUUAGUGGGUCCUGAUCUCUCUAAAAAACUUCAAUUCCAUCUGGGUGAUCUACGGAAUAAGGAGGAUUUAGAGAAACUUUUCUCUGAAACCAAAUUUGAUGCUGUGAUUCAUUUUGCUGGCCUGAAGGCUGUUGGGGAAAGCGUUCAAUAUCCUAUGCGGUACUUCGAUAACAAUUUGAUCGGCACGUUGAAUUUGUACCAAGUCAUGACAAAAUAUGGUUGUAAGAAGAUGGUCUUCUCAUCAUCUGCAACUGUUUAUGGCCAACCUGAAAAGAUUCCAUGUGUUGAAGAUUUUAAUUUAAUGGCUAUGAAUCCCUAUGGGAGGACCAAGCUUUUUCUUGAAGAAAUUGCCCGAGAUAUUCAAAAGGCAGAGCCAGACUGGAGAAUUAUCUUACUAAGGUACUUUAAUCCUGUUGGAGCUCAUGAGAGUGGCAAACUUGGUGAAGAUCCCAAGGGAAUCCCAAAUAACCUAAUGCCUUAUAUCCAACAAGUAGCUGUAGGCAGAUUGCCAGUGCUGAAUGUGUAUGGCCAUGAUUAUCCUACAAAGGAUGGCAGUGCAGUUAGAGAUUACAUUCAUGUUAUGGAUUUAGCUGAUGGUCACAUAGCAGCCCUUCAGAAGCUUCUCACAACUGAUAAUAUAGGUUGUGUUGCAUACAACUUGGGAACUGGGUGUGGUACGUCUGUGCUUGAAAUGGUAGCGGCAUUUGAGAAGGCAUCUGGCAAGAAAAUCCCAUUCAAACUAUGUCCACGGCGGCCAGGAGAUGCUACUGCAGUUUAUGCUUCUACCGAGAAGGCCGAAAAGGAACUUGGUUGGAAGGCAAAGUACGGAAUAGAAGAAAUGUGUAGAGAUCAAUGGAACUGGGCAAGCAAUAAUCCUUGGGGUUACCAAUCCAAACCGUGAAUGGCAUGAAUAAGGAAUGCCGCUUGUAUUUACCUGGCUUCUCCUAUUUAAUUGAACUUGAUAAGCAAAUACUAUAAAAAUAUUUUGAUGGUUCAAUUUAUGGGAUCACAUUCACUGUCCCCUUGAAAAAUUGAACUUAUUAAUAGUUUUUCUUUUUAUCCUUUCAAUAUUUUAGUAUGUGCUUUAUAAUUUUGAUUAUUGUAAUGAUGCAAUUUAAGGCAUAAUUACAUUAAAAUAACAGAGAAAGUCCGCAGGGGAUGAACCA